AGAUGAUAGAAAACUGUGUCGUGGCGUUUGUGAAUCCAAAAAUAAAUAUAGUUGCUAAACAUUAGUGUUCUCAUUCUGACUGAAUUUAGAACAAGGUUUCUCUAAAAAGUGAUUGAAUUUGAAAAAAACAUUGUUAUCAGAAAUCAAAAUUCUCAUAAAAUAUACUCUAUGUAGUAGAUUUUCAAUCAAAAAGUAGUCAAAAAACAAAAUCAGUAAGCUAAUAAUAAUACAGAACAAAGAACAAUAAAUUAAAAAGAUAGGUUAUGUUUUUAAAUUUGAAAAAAUCAAACAGCUGAUUCACUGACUGUCAGCUGACAAGCAAACAAGCAGACGAGAAAAUCCCGUAUGCAAGAAGAAUGCAAGUAGUAAACAUAACCUUAAUUUUUUUCAGAUUCAAGUUUUACUGUUGUGUGUUGUGCUCCUCUUUAAUUUAUUGAAGUUUCCAGGUCAAAACAAACUGUACUUUGUUCUACUUUUGCUAUAUAAAAUCAUUGGAACUUAUUAAUUUAGAAUAUUCUUCAGAAUUGAUACCCUUGGCUUAGUUUAGUUUUAAAUUUAAAGAGUUCCGUGUUUGUUGUCAUUUGUUUUUUUAACCUUCUCAGUUAUUGCUAUUGACUUAUUUAGUGGGAUUAUUGGCUAUAGGAAAAUGAGAAAUAAUCUGCAAUUUUGUUUUCUUUUUUCCUGUAUUAUUUUAAUGUUGUACAAAGGAAAUGCAGCACAGCAAGGAAGCGUUGACAGUAAAUACACGACUUGUUCCAGUGAGAAUACUUUUGAUCACAUAACAAACGAUGACAUACGCUCCUUCACUGAAGAACUUCUCAAAAAAGACAACAGCUCACUUUUUCAGUAUUUCAAGUAUAACAUUCAAGGAAAGGCUAACAAGAAUCCCGAUGUUGACGAGGCUCCAGAGCACCUUCUGGAAGUGGAUGACCAAGCACUGCAGUAUCCGACUGUUGAAAAAGUGAUAGCUCUCCUGGACAAUUACUAUCCCGAUGCUAAGACCGCCGAAGAUGUCACUGAGGAGGAACAGGUUGAAGAAAACGAAUUCCUAGACGCGAUUAUGGACACCGCCGUUAUGAACCAUACUAUUGAUUUCUUGCGCCAAAAAGGUGUAUUCGAUGGUGAUCGAGAGAUGUUCAAGAAUUGGCUCCACUUGAUGUGGUUCUCCCUCUACACCAGAGGCUACAAACGCCUUAGUUCGAGCGGAUUUGAGCAUGUUUUCAAAGGUGAAGUGAAGAAGAACACAGUGCUAGGAAUGCAUAAUUGGAUAUCUUACACUUUGGAAGAGAGAGCCAACCACACUAACUACUAUGGAUGGAUGAAAAAUAAGGAAUUCGAAAAGGGCUCAAUUCUUACUCUACGUUUCAAGUGGAACGAUAAAAUGAAAAAAAUCGGCUCAUUUUUUAUUGGAACCAGUCCUGAAUUUGAAAUGGCACUCUACAGUAUGUGCUUCAUUCUUCGGAACAAUAAGAAAUGCAAAUUUCACUUGAAUGGUUCAAAACUGUUUGUUAGAACCUACUCUAUUUGCAACAAGGAUAACAAACGAGUAGUUGGCAGUGUCUAUGCUGGAAACUAGAACAUAGUUUUUGGAGAAGUCGUCAUAUUUUUAAGUCUUUCUGGGCGCACCAGCUUAUUUUAUCAAAACUCCACAUUAAUAUUUCCAAGUUCAGAUGAGAUAAGAAUGACAUAUGUAUUUUUAUAUGUUAUAAGUUUUAUUUUCAAUAUCAUCUUUUUUUAACAUAUAAUUUCCUAUGAUAAUCAUGUUAAUACGUAAUGUGUGGAUUCCCACACAAUGUACAUGUACAGUGUAAGGUGUACGUGUCUAGUACAGUGGAAAUAUUAUUCCCCAGAGUUUUGAUGGGACUAUUCAAACUCCUUCAGACCCAGCCCAGACCUGUGGUUUUGCUUGACCUUGAACGUGCAUUAGCGUGGACCAUAGAUUGCGUGGAUGUAGUUUUUGGCCGUCAUGCGAUUCACUGUGAUAUGCGAAAAACUUGAAUUAAACUAUAUAUAUUAUUAUAUUAUACAUAUAAUAGCAUAAAAUACGGCUAUAGAGAGCCAGAAAAAGUGCUUUAAGAAUUAUAUAUGCACUACUACUGUACAAAAUAUUAAAUGUAGGCCUACUACUUAUUUAUGAAUUUCAACUGACUGACUUUCUCAUGUUUUCAGUAUGUAAUCAUUCAUGUAAGACUUGAAGUUUAUAUCUUACCUUAUAUUCCUUGGCAUUUUUCACGCCAUUCUUAUAUUUUUUCAAGUUAUUUGUAAAUAAAUAUUUUUAAAAACCA